AUGAAUGAACAAGAUUCUAGACUAGUAGAGCAAUAUCAACAAUCUAAAUUAAAUAAUAAAUCUCCCGAUUCUGAUGAUAAUCAUUCAGAAGAUGAGGAUGAUUUAUUAGCAGAAUUAGAAGAAGAUGAUUCGAUAAUACAAAAAUAUCGAGAAUCAAGAAUUGAACAAUUAUCAAAACAAUUUAAACAAAUUAAUGAAACUAUUAAAACUAAUGAUAAUAAUGAAUUAGGUGAAAUAAUUUUUAUUGAAUCAGAAAAGAAUUUAAUGAAUUUAAUUAUAAAACAAAAAUAUUCAAUAAUUUCAUUUUAUCAACCAAAUUUUAGUAAAUGUCAAUUAAUGAAUUCAAAAUUAAAAUUAUUAUGUGAAAAUCAUUUAAAUCUUAAAGUAUUUGCAAUUAAAGCUGAAAAUGCUCCAUUUUUAGUGGAGAAAUUGAAUAUUAGAAUAUUACCAUGUGUUAUAAUAUAUAAAGAUGGGAAAGAAUUAGAUAGAUUAAUUGGAUUUGAAAAAUUAGGAAAUGAUCCAAAUUCAUUUAGUUAUGAUUCAUUAGAAACUUAUUUAUAUCGUUGGAAUGUUAUAACUAGAAAAUCUAUUAAUAGAGUUAUACGAAGUAAAGCAAAUAAUAAUAAUGACGAUUCAGAUGAAUCAGAUUUGGAUCUUUAA